CCUGUGUCUCCCUGUGUCUCUCUGUGUCUCUCUCUGUGUCUCUGUCUCCCUGUGAGUAGCUCAAGAAGCACGUGAGGGGGUUCCACUCUGAGAAGAUUUUCCAGUGCUCUCAGUGUGACAAGGCCUUCUGUAGGCCUGACAAGUUGAAGCUUCACAUGCUGAGACACUCUGACCAGAGAGACUUCCUGUGCUCCAGUUGUGGCAAGCAGUUCAAGCGUAAGGACAAGCUAAAGGAACACAUGCAGCGCAUGCACAACCCGGAGAGGGAGAUGCUCCUUCGUGUCGCUGUUCGCCAACACAAAACCAAACGAUUCCGCCCCAAGGUGGCACCCCACGACUUUGAGAGCUUCAUAUUCAAGUGUCGCCUGUGCUUGAUGGGCUUCAGACGACGUGGGAUGCUGGUGAAUCACCUAUCCAAGAGACACCCAGAGAUGCCCCUGGCUGAAGUCCCUGAACUGACACUGCCCAUCAUCAAGCCUAACAGAGAUUAUUAUUGUCAGUACUGUGACAAGGUCUACAAGAGCGCCAGCAAGCGGAAAUCUCACAUCCUGAAGAAUCAUCCCGGCUACGAUCUCCCCCCCAGCAUCCGCAAGCUCCGACUGGGCCUCACCGGCAUCGGUAGCGGCGGAGUUCCCGGUGGGGCUGUGCCGGGAGAGUCGGACGCUUCGCUGUGUACCCACACGCAGCUCACCGGCACCGUGGCUAGCGCCCCCGUCUGUUGCCCGCAUUGCAGCAAACAGUACAGCAGCAAGGUUGUGGUGGUGGUGGUGGUGGUGCACUCAGUUAGAUAGUUAUACACUCAGUUAGAUAGUUAUACACUCAGUUAGAUAGUUAUACACUCAGUUAGAUAGUUAUACACUCAGUUAGAUAGUUAUACAUUCAGUUAGAUAGUUAUACACUCAGUUAGUUAGUUAUACACUCAGUUAGAUAGUUAUACACUCAGUUAGAUAGUUAUACAUUCAGUUAGAUAGUUAUACACUCAGUCAGUUAGUUAUACACUCAGUUAGUUAGUUAUACACUCAGUUAGUUAGUUAUACACUCAGUUAGUUAGUUAUACACUCAGUUAGUUAGUUAUACACUCAGUUAGAUAGUUAUACACUCAGUUAGAUAGUUAUACACUCAGUUAGAUAGUUAUACACUCAGUUAGAUAGUUAUACAUUCAGUUAGAUAGUUAUACAUUCAGUUAGAUAGUUAUACACUCAGUUAGUUAGUUAUACACUCAGUUAGUUAGUUAUACACUCAGUUAGUUAUACACUCAGUUAGUUAGUU